GAGGCUCAAAGUCCUUGCUCGUGGCCCAGAUACACUGACAUAUAUGAAGCUCAUCGUAUCGUCUCUAACCUUUUUCUUUUCUUCACUCAGCUGCGCUCAAGUCCUGAAUCUAACUCUUUCGUUUCGGUUCCUCACUAAUUCUAUUCUCCUCGCUGGUCGCCGCUGGUCGUUUUUGUUUAUACUGUACUAAACAAUUAGUUACUUUCGUCUCUACAACAAACCGAACCAAACCAAACAAAGUCGGUCUUCCAAAACAAUUAAAGAUGGUCAGAUAUCACCUCGUUGCCGCCGCCCUUGUGGCCACUGUGUGCUCUCUACCUUUGAACAUCAACCUCGGAGCCUACUCACCUGCCUUGGUAGUAGGUGAUGGUGAAAUAUCUUUCGGAGGAAACCAAGAUGUAACAAGUCUGAUGAACGCUCUCGAGGGCGCCGCAGUCAGCGCCGCGGCAGGGUCAGGCGCCGCCGCUGAAGUCGCAGCACCUGCCGUCGCCGCCGCCACUCCAGCUGCCGUUUCGUCCCCUGCCCCUAAAGCUGAUACCUCCGCCGCCGAAGAGGAUCAGACUACUGCCGCCGAUACAACUGCUGCCGAUACCUCCGCCGCCGACUCAAGCUUAACAGAGCAAGCUGCCGAUAUAUCGACACUGCAAGGAAUGGGCAAGGAGAUCGCACCCCGGGACGCCGCCGACACCGAGGCACCCAAGGCCAAGCGUGACUUGGCCGGGUUCGAUCGAGCUCUGCAGUAUGCUGAGGUCGCCUUAACCAAGGGUCCUAUUAUUCAGCUCGGCACUGGUGAGGGUGGCGCCGGUGUUGGUAUCAUCGUCGAUAACAGACCUACCGCCGCCGCUGAGGCCGUCGAAGCGCCUGCCGCUGCUGCCAAGAACAAGCGUGAUGAGUCCGAGGCCUCUCAACCGCGCCGCCGAACAAAGGUCACUACCAUGUUUAUCCGUCGUGGAAUUCCCGCUGGCAUGCAGACACCAACUGAAUUGGAGAGGCGUGAUGUUGACACGCUACCUAUCGCCGCCCUGCCCAAGGCCAAGCGAGUUGAGACGUCGUCCGAGGAGAAGCGAACCGACACCAUAGACGCCAUUAACCUGAAUGUCGAGGACCCGCAAGGCAUCACGAUGACGUUCGUCGAGACCUCGGAUGACGAAGAGUAAAGGAUUUACCCGAUUAAUGAUUCUACUAUCAUCCCGACGACCAGCGGUCAAUGCUCAUCUAGACCUUAACUACUUUGUACAAUGACAAACAAUGGUAUCAUAUCACGGCGGGCGGACCGAUUGAGUAGGCAGGCUGGGGGAAUGCGGUUGCAUCUUCUAACAGGGGCCAAUUGUGCGACUUGACCCUGGCUACGAACAAAACUACUG